GCAGCGGAAGGGACGUCGAAGUCGACCAAGAUUGGAGCGACGUUUAAAGAAGGAGCAGUACCACCGGGGAGUUCGGCUUCUUGUCGGAGGACUCCCACCCUUCCGCGCGGCCCGACGAGGAAAAGCGGCGGCGCCAGGAAGCAGGUAUGGAGAGUAGAAAACUGAUUUCUGCUGCAGACACUCAAUACUCUGGCAGUCUGCUGAACUCCUUGAAUGAGCAAUGUGGCCAUGGACUCUUCUGUGAUGUUACUGUUAUUGUGGAAGACCGAAAAUUCCGGGCCCACAGGAAUAUUCUUUCAGCUUCUAGUACAUACUUCCAUCAGCUCUUUGCAGUUGCCAGGCAAGUUGUUGAACUGAGCUUUAUACGAGCAGAAAUCUUUGCAGAAAUUCUCAAUUAUAUCUAUAGUUCUAAAAUUGUCCAUGUUAGAUCAGAUUUACUUGAUGAGUUAAUUAAAUCAGGGCAGUUAGGAGUUAAAUUUAUAGCAGAGCUUGGUGUCCCAUUGUCACAAGUUAAAAACAUCUCAGGUACAGCUCAGGAUGGUAAUGCAGAAACUUUACCUCCUGGUUCUAGUGACAAGAACCUUGAAAUACAGAAGUCAAAAGAUGAAGCCCAAGAUAAUGGGGCCACUGUACUGCCUAUUAUAACAGAAUCUUUUUCCUUAUCUGCUGAAGAUUAUGAAACUAAAAAGAUUAUUGUAACCGAUUCAGAUGAUGAUGAUGAUGAUGAUGACGUCAUUUUCUGCUCUGAGAUCCUGCCUGCAAAACAGACUUUGCCGAGUAGCAAUACAGUGGCACAGGUCCAGCCUAACCCAGGCUCUGUUACUAUUUCAGAUGUUGCACCUUGUGCUAGCAAUAACUCUCCCCCUUUAACAGAUAUCACACCAACUCAGAAACUUCCUACUUCUGUGAAUCAGGCUACUCUGAGCCAAACACAAGGAAGUGAAAAAUUGCUGGUAUCUUCAGCCCCAACACAUUUGACUCCCAACAUUAUUUUGUUAAAUCAGACACCACUUACUACACCACCAAAUGUCAGUUCUUCACUUCCAAAUCACGUUCCUUUGAUCAGUUUACUUGUGCAGAAUCAGCAGCCACCAAACAGUACUAUUUUAAAAGGAGAUGAGGCCAACGAGGAGGAGGAAGAGGAAAUUAUAGAUGAUGAUGAUGACACUAUUAGCUCCAGUCCAGACUCAGCAGUCAGUAACACAUCUUUGGUUCCACAGGCUGAUAUCCCCCCAAAUACUACUUUUGAUGGAUCAUUGAUACAGAAGAUGCAGAUUCCCACACUUUUGCAAGAACCACUUUCCAAUUCUUUGAAAAUUUCAGAUAUCAUUACCAGAAACACUAAUGAUCCAGGCUUCGGAUCAAAACAUCUAAUGGAGGGUCAGAAGAUUAUUACUUUAGAUACAGCUACCGAAAUAGAAGGCUUGUCAACUGGUUGCAAGGUUUAUGCAAAUAUUGGUGAAGAUACUUAUGACAUAGUUAUCCCUGUCAAAGAUGCCCCUGAUGAAGAAGCCAGACUUGAGAAUGAGGUACCCAAAACAUCUGGCAGUGACACAGCAAACAAACGUAUGAAGGUGAAACAUGAUGAUCAUUAUGAGUUAAUAGUAGAUGGAAGGGUCUAUUAUAUCUGCAUUGUAUGCAAAAGAUCUUAUGUCUGUCUGACAAGCUUGUGGAGACAUUUUAACAUUCAUUCCUGGGAGAAGAAAUAACCAUGCCGUUACUGUGAGAAGGUGUUUCCUCUUGCAGAGUAUUGCACAAAGCAUGAAAUUCAUCACACGGGGCGAAGAUAUCAGUGUUUGGCUUGUGGCAAAUCUUUCAUCAACUAUCAGUUUAUGUCUUCACACAUAAAGUCGGUUCAUAGUCAAGAUCCUUCUGGAGACUCAAAGCUUUAUCGUUUACAUCCAUGCAAGUCUUUACAGAUCAGACAAUAUGCCUACCUUUCUGAUAGGUCAAGCACUAUGCCUGUAAUGAAGGAUGAUGGUAUUGGGUAUAAGGUUGAUGCUGGCAAAGAACCUUCAGUAGGGACCACAUCUUCUCAGAACAAUCCAGUGACCUGGGAAGAUAUUUUUAUUCAGCAGGAAAAUGAUUGUUUUAAACAGAAUGUAACAGAUGGCAGUACUGAGUUUGAAUUUAUAAUAGCAGAAUCUUAUUGAACUCCUUUGAAAUAUCAGAAAGUUUUGGUUUGGAUUAAGGGGUAGGGGUUUCAGAAGACCUGUAAAAUAA